AUGACGGGCCACGACUAUUCUCACGUCGUCGGCGCUCCCGCCGAGGACAUCCAGCUUGUCUCUUCCAAGGACCCCCAUUCAGAUGUCACCACCACCGACGUCACGCCCGAUACACCUCUCUCGACCCCACGAAGCCGGCACUUGGCACGGACGCUUGUUCUUCUGCUCGUUCCCCUCGGGAUAACAGGCUAUUACUUUUGGAUAUGGCUGUACUUGCUCUCCCGCGACCUCGACGAGGCGGUCAAGUACGGAUCAGCCAACGAAUCGUGGGUGUUCUGGUCCUGGUUCAUCGUCGGUGUGUUCGCCUUGGAUUGGGCGGCGCACGGCCUCGUCGGAGUCGAGGUCGCUAUGCUGGAGACUUCCUUCUGGCGAGCUCCUCAUCUCAUCGGGCUCUUGGACCACAGCGAAGGAACCUGGGGCGGCCCGGGCGGCUGGGUCAAGUGCCUCACGAAGCUCUUCAAGGAACGGAACAUGGCGGCCAUCGGCGGCUGGUAUACUUCCCUGAACACCUACAGGCUCUGGUACCUCCUCGCCUUCCUCACGCUCUCGUUGUACGUCGGGAUGCCCCUCUCUGGUAUCACCAUGGAGCUUUCCGACGGCUACGUUCCUCUGGAUGAGGCUCCAAUGGUCGUUGGCCGCAACUCGACAGACUUCCAUGCCAGAUAUUUCUCGUCGACCAGCGGCUCAAGCAUUUACAAGGGGUCGGAGACUGCGUGGCAAGUGGGAUCGCCUGCCACGCUGCCUGGCAUCAGCAUCAUAUACACGCCGGAACAUGUCAACCGCAAGGACCACGACGUCCUGGCCCAGAUCCCCAACAACUUGCCGACCGACCCCGAAGUCCCCGAGAUGUUUCUCGUCCCCCAGGCGAGCGUCCCCAUUUCCGGCACGUCCUGGGGCAUGCGCGCCGGGUUCAACUGCUCUGUUGUUGAGGAUGUUUCCGAGUUCACCAUCAUCGGUCAUAACACGACUGGUCUUUGCGGCGGUGGUCCGAUCAAAAUCUGCCCCCGCGCCAACAUGGUGGACAAGGCGAGCAACAUAUGGUCGUACAUGGAAGUCGGCUCCAGGAUGCCAAUGGUCGGACCCCCGCAAGUGUACUCUCCGACAUACGACAACACCGCUCCCGAUCCGUUCGGGUCCGGCAACGAUUCCCAGCCUGACGUGUUCGAGUUCGCCCUCUGGCAGGUGCGCGUGAACGCUUCCUACGCCGAAAUCGAAAACUUCAACAACACCGUCGGCCCGACCGUCAAGGGCCUCGACUCCCCCUUCAUGAAGGCGGACAACGGCUCAUGGGUCGCCAAUGCGACCUUUUUCGACCAGAAGACCUUCACCGCGAGGUCCAAGGCGAAGAACGACGUCUGGCAAAGGCUCAUCAUCCAGGGACGCCAGACCAUCGAGGUGGCCGCUCCCAUCGGCGUCCGGUGCGUGGUCAGAUCAGCGCUCGGUUCGGCCUCGCUCGAUCCCGCGACCUCGACAUUCUCAAACUUCAAGGUUGAAUACCCCACGAUGUUUAGCGACCCGCAGGUGAAGGCGCCCUCGCCCGUCGGCCGACUGGGCACCCGGGUGGAGAAGUUCAUGCCCGAGUCCGGCGUGAACGACAUCUUCACCUCCAUCAACACCCGGGCCACGAAAUCCGAGUCCAACUCGAUCAGCCUGACAAAGUUUGUGAGCUCGUCGGAGCUGCGCAAGUCGAUUUCGAUGGGGUACGUGAAAGAGGCCCUGGAUCUGAUGUACGAUGGCCAGUACGGGUUCGAGGGCAGCUGGGAGCACGCGGGCUUGACUUCUUCCAGGAAGGGCAAGAUCCUGACGACGGGCGACCUCUCGCCCCUGUCGGCCGUGAUCCCUUUUGCGAUAUGGACCCUCGGAUCCUUGAUACUCGGAAUCGUGUACGGGUUCCGGCGCAGGGUGGCGGACUCCUUGAGCGGCUUCAGCGUUUUCCGGCUCGGUGUUCGCUCGGCUGAUAGGCUGGGAGAUUCGGGGCUCCUGGAGGCGAAGGAGGCCGAGGAUGUUGGCAAGCUGUGGCGUUUGCCAGGUUCGCUGGAUAAGAUUUAG